AUGGCUGCCAUAUAUCUGCUGAAAAUAUAAUAUUCAUAAUAUGAACAGUUCAGAACCUAGAUAAUUACUAUUGGUACGACAUAUGGAUUGUACAUUCACUAAUCCACCUUUGUACGAUUUGAGGUGACUUCGAUUUGGCACCGUACGCAUGCGCAGACGGUCCUGUGAAGUACUAUACAAUGAGACAACGAAAUCAUCUGUGAUGACUGAUGCACGUUGCACAUUAUACAGUGCAUAUGCAUUCCAGUGACUGUGGAGUGUUUGCAUCUAUGUCAACAUCGACAAAUCUCUCUGUCAUCAAUCCUGACAGCACAUGAAGCUCAUAGUUGGUCCUUCUUUUCCAGCGAACUGGAAAUAUAUUCGAUUCCAGUUGCAUCUGAACACCGCAGACUGCUGUCGCCAGCAAUUUGUUUUGCUUUUGUUUCCUUUCUGGCCGGACUGCAACAAUAAGUACACUAGUCAUGGAUAAAUCAGACCUCUCCCAACCUAACGACCCUGCCGUUGUCAGCGACCAUUCUCCACCACACCCUUCAAGUAUAAUCGAAGUGAAUGGGGACCUGUUCCCGAGAUUUCGCCUGACAACCUCCACAGAGGACCAUGUGAGAGGGCUGAAGGCCAUGUCUGUGCGGGAGGAUGACAUCUUCAUUGUGGCCUAUCCUAAAUCAGGCACACACUGGGUGUGGGAGAUCGUGCACAUGCUGGUGUCAGGGCGAGCGGAGUAUGAGGCGCGUACCAAGGAGCAUCUGAUGGUAGAGAUGAUGGAGCUAGACACGAUCACCUCCCAGCCCUCCCCUCGCUUCAUCAACAGCCACCUGCGCCUGCGCCACCUCCCGCGCGAGCUCGUCACCAAGCGGUCAAAGGUCAUCCACUUGACGAGGAACCCGAAGGAUAUCGUCGUGUCGCUCUAUUUCCACAUGACCCAGAUGAAGCAUUUCCCACAGGACCUCACCAUCACCACCUUCGUUGAAGACUGGCUGAAAGGCUGGGACUACCCAGGUACACACUUAGACUACUUCCAAUAUAUGACCGAGAUGGACCUCUGGCAGAGAGAGCAUCCCGAGGUUCCAGUCAUCAAUAUCAGCUUUGAAGAGUGUAAGAGGUCGCCUGUUGAGUCUGUGCGGAAGCUGGCGGACUUCCUAAAGGUGGAUGCCACAGACAAGCUUUGUGCGGACAUUGCUGAAGCCUGCAGCUUUGAGAACUUGAAGAAAGCUGAUGACAGCAAGGAUUUCCCCAAGACUGGUGCCUUUAAAGAUCUCAAGCUGAGCGUGUAUCGAAAAGGUGAAAUCGACGAUUGGAAGAAUUUUCUCACAGUGGCUGUGAACGAAAAGUUUGAUGCUCUUCUGAAAGAAAAAUUGAGUGGAAGACUGAGCAGAUUUAAUAUUUGAACAGACAAGUCCGUGUUACACCGUGCUGUUAUCAAGAUUUGAUUGGAACUGUAUCUGUGUGAUAACCAGUGUCUGGUUUUGCUUAACAACUGUAAACGGAAACUUCAAGUUUAUUUGGACAAACAAGUACUAAAAUAUUUAGACGUCUUGACAAAAAUAUUGCCCUACCUUUUUUUUUUAACCCUUGAUCACAGCAGCUUAAAGCUUAAUGUUUUGGUAGUGCAACUGUAACUAAAUGAUGAGCAGUGUCCACCUCAAAAUGAAAGUGUGUGAGCUGAGGGAGAUUUGUUUUUGUGGGAUACCGAACAUUCAUCUGCUGUUAGCACCUAUCCCUCGUGGCACACGCGCGCGCCACACACACAUAUAUUCUCUUUUUUCUGUACCUCUUUCUUUUUUGUAAGCGUGUGUACUUAUAGAAAUGUAAGCUGAAAUUUGUUAAAUGCUAAUUUUUUAUGAAUAAUUCACAAAGUC